AUGACGAGGAUGAGCGGCGGUGGGCAGCAGCGCGUGCAGGCGCCGCGCAGGAUAGGCGAGUACGAGGUGGGAGGUACUCUUGGCGAAGGGACGUUCGCGAAGGUGAAAUACGCGGUGCACGCGACGACGGGCGAACCCGUGGCGAUGAAAGUGCUGGAUAAGGAGAAGAUUAUCCGCCAUAAAAUGGUGGACCAGAUUAAGCGAGAGAUUUCGGUGAUGAAGCUCGUCAGGCACCCUAAUGUGGUGCGGCUGUAUGAGGUUCUUGCAUCUCGCACCAAGAUCUACAUCAUUCUUGAAUUCGUCACCGGAGGCGAGCUUUUUGACAGAAUUGUGAACAAGGGUCGGCUGGAAGAGGACGAGGCACGGCGGUAUUUUCAGCAGCUGAUGGACGCUAUGGAGUAUUGCCACAGCAAAGGCGUGGCACACCGAGACCUCAAGCCGGAGAAUCUUCUGCUGGAUUCCAAGGAUAAUAUCAAGAUCUCGGAUUUCGGCCUCAGUGCACUGCCGCAACAAGUCAGGGCGGACGGCUUGCUCCACACCACGUGCGGCACGCCCAACUACGUUGCUCCAGAGGUGCUGAGCGACAGAGGGUACAACGGGGUCCUGGCGGACAUAUGGUCGUGCGGAGUCAUUCUCUACGUCCUCCUUGCUGGUUUUCUCCCGUUCGACGAGCCUGACGUUCCUUCGCUCUACAGAAAGCAGCAGCAGCAGCAGCAGCAGCAGCAGCAGCACCAGCAGCAGCAGCAGCAGCAAGAGCAGAGGGGAUCAGGGGGGGCUGGGGAUUCAAAGGAGGCACACAGAGGAGGCGAGAAUGUGCCUUGUAGCAUGGUAUGUGAGGAAGUGCAUGCGGACAGGCACCUUCUAGCAGCAGGCGUGAGAGGGGUAACGAGUGGGACUGUAAGGGGUAUGAGGGGCAGCAGAGGAGGGGUUGGUGGGACUAUAGAGGAAGGGGAGGCGGAAGGGGAGGAUAGUGGGGAUGACAGUGGGGGGGAAGCGGGAGGAGGGGGAGGAAGAGGGGGAAUGGGAGGGGAUUGGGGAGAGGGGAGAGGUGGGGAGAGUGGAGAGAGCGGGGAAGGGCGAAGAGGAGGAGAGAGGGAGGAUGGGGGAUGGGGGAAUAUGGGGCGACUGGUUGGGAGAGUGGAAGCAGCAGCUGAGGAGCUGGGCUGGCAUGUGGAGAGGGAGGGAUUCAAGUAUCGAAUUGAGUUGAGACAUGCAGCAUUGGCAACACCAGCAGAAGCGGCACCAGCAGUAGCAGCAGCAGUAGGCUCACCGCCUACUACUGAGGCACUCACUCUGCCUGUAGCAGCUACGGCAAGAGCAGCAGAUGCGGCACCAGCGGCGGCAGCAACACCAGCAGUAGCAGCAGCAGUAACCACACCAACGACCACUGAAGCAAUCCCGCUACCAGUAGCUGCGCCAGCAGAAGUUAUUAGAGCAGCAGAUGCAGCCACACUCUCAGUGGCAGCAGAAACCGCAGAAACCGCAGAAACUGCUGUAGCAAGAGGCACAGCAGAAGCAUCUGAAGCCACAGACGAACUAGGUGCAGCAGCAGAAGCUGCUUCUCCUGCUCAGGCCUAUACUGGUUCUCCUGCUGUUGCUGGUGACGUGGAGCUCUCAGCUGCUGUGGCCAGGCUCACUGUCGUUGCAGCUAUAGCUUUGGAGGUCUUUGCCAUUCUCCCCGGUCUACUGAUGGUGGAAAUGCGGCACGAGAAGGGCGGGACACAGGAGGCCAUGCAGAUGCGCCAGGCACUACGCGCCAAGCUUCAAGACCUAGUCACAGCCCCACACGCCCCAAACAUGCCAACCAAUAAGGGCACAGCCAGGGGCGGUAUCAGCAGCACCAGUGGUUCCAGCAGCAAUGGCAAGGGCACGGUGCCGAAGGGAACUAGACCACGCCAGCUUGCUGCUUAUCCUCGCAUGGGGAUCAUCCCAAGGGUGUAA